AAACGUGAUCACAUGACGUGCUCAGCUUUGGCGACGGAGAAGAGACGAGAAGUGGAGUUAAGGAUAAAUAAAGUCUAAAAUCAGGCCGUAAAUAAAACACUUCAUAUGUGGUUUUAAAGUGGAAGUCUGCUAAAUGUGACUAGGAAUCAUUCUGCAGGUAGCAAUCUGUUUGUUAUUUUACUGCAGCUACACCUUCAUCAGCAUCCUCCUCCUCAUCAUCAUCCUCCUCCUCAUCAUCAUCAUCAUCAACAUCAACCUGACUCGUCAUCAUGACAUCCUGGGAUCAGAGAAUUUCCAGUUUCUUCUCGAGCCCGAGUCAGUUCUUGUCCUGCACCACCUCCGAGACGUUUCUAGCUGAACUUCUUGACAGGCUGAGGGACGACAAAACCAACGACAACAAGAAGAUACUCCUGCUGUCUGUGCUAUCCGAGCAUCCCACAGUCCUUUGCCCGACCACGUCGGCAGGAGAGGAGACGGCGCAGGAGCUGGUGUCCAUUCUCAACUUCACUUCCCUGAAAUCCGUCAGUCUGAAGUGCCACCUCAUUCUGGCCAUCACCAACAUUCUGAUCUGCACGUUCGGCUUGUCCACCCGAACUAAAGUCGCAGAGGAAUAUUUGAACUACCUGUACAUGUUGAUCCAGGACACGAAUGAUAACACGGGCGGUCCGAGUCUCCACUCUGUCCGAGCCAUCGCUUGCGAGUGUCUUCGAGAGAUGGAGACCUGCCAUCCGGGCCUCCUGUCCCAAAAGCUAGAGGCUCUUUGUCACUUAAAACAGCAGGAAACCACCGUCCUGCAUCAGUCAUACUCCAUGCUCUAUACUCAGGCACUCAAGAACGCCAUUCGGAUUCUGUCCCAACAACAAGAUGUGGAUAACGGCAAGCUCAGGAACGUCUUAGCCGGGAACGAAGGAUUUGCCUGGAAAUCUGCCAACACUGCAAAGUCUGUGCUGUCUGUCAACAUGGCUCAGGUUCCCCAGCUGCCGAUGACACUGGAUUUCAAAGAGCUCAAGUCCAUAAUGACCUUGCUCCUAGAGGAAUCCUACUUGAUGACGUCUCCUUCGCAGGCUGCCUUGCUCCGAGGACUUGUCGAGAUGGUGGCCAUGGUACCGGGCAUAUCUCCGGCUAUAUUCAAGUCUCAGCUGCUCAGGCUUUUCGGAACGACCGAAGUGGAGCUGAUGCAUGCUACACUGUUUAUGAAAGGAAUGUUCACCGACAGCCUCUUCACCGCAGAGGACGAACAUUUCCUGCUCAAGAGGCUUGUCGGAAUGGCGCAGCAUCCUCUACUGAGGAUUCCCGAAAAGAUCUUUUAUAUGGACUGCAUUCUUCACUUUCCCGAGAACAGACCCAUCUCUAGCAGUGGAGAGGAGUGCUUGCCCGUCCUCGUCACGCCUCAGCUCACUCUAUCCCUCUUUCCAACUGUCUUCAAUGACAGCACGACGAUGCUCUGUAGAUUCAACCUUCUCUGCCUGGUGCACCUUGAGGCAAACGAGGAAGAGGACGGUCAAGGUCUGGGGUAUCUGAUUGAUCACGUGAUGGCUCUGCUCAAAACAGUAGACAAUCAAGGAGGCAGGGAAACAUUGGUGACUGCUUUCAGGGCGAUUUUCAUUUUCCUCCUGCACUUCAACCACAUGGAGAACCUCGCAGAGAAACUCAUCCACCGCUUAGGCGAGCUGUAUUCCAGAAACUGUCACCUUGCACCGAAUCUGAUCAACCUCACUGACCGGAUACAGGAGCGUUUUGAUGAGACGCUUUGGUCUGUCAGGUUUUUGAAAGCUCUUCAGAGGUGCAUUGUAGAAAUGCCUCCUUCGCAACUGACCCUUCAGAGUUUGGGUUGGCAUCUUAAAAUCUUGGCCCGAGUGGCACAGGAGAGUCAGAUUGCACAGAGAAGUACCAUCUGCUUCCUUCUUGACAUCCUGGUCAAUUCCAACCUUUGCGAAAGGAGGAGCUGGAACGUUGGCACGGCCAUUCUCACGGUAUGCCGCAACUUGCUCCAGCACCCUACGCUGAACCAGAUGUUCAUCCAACUUGCGGAUCUCCUGCAGCACAUGUCCAGACAAUAUGAGGACACGGAUAUUCAAGACCAUGCACAGUUCUACUACACCCUCCUUACGAACUUGUCCUGGGAAAAACUUGGCGGCAUCCUCGCCAAAACCCCCGUAGGAGGACAGACCAAAGUCCGAUCGUUGUCGUCAUUGUCCUCCAUCACUGCCAGCGAAGAACUCAGCAGUUGUUUGACGAUCCUGCAGGCUGAGAGUUGUGUCCUUCGGCUUGUAAAAAUUAACAAUAACGCAUUUGAGGAUGCAGCUCCAACUGCAGAAGCCCAAACUGAGACGGACAUCUACGAGGUUUACCGAGAGCAAUUCAAAACCCCGGGCUUUGCCUCAGAGGUCACUUUGAGGUACCAUUUAACGCAUGUUACCACCACUGAUCCUCGAUUCGAUCGGAUCUUCACCAUAUGCCUGCAUUUUGAGGUCGACACGUCGCACUACGAGCGAGUGAACGACAUCUACGUGCCUUGCCUUUUCAGAGACAGGAAGCCGCGUGACGUCAGCGUCACCCUGAAGCCGAUUCACCCGUACCCGACGACUUUACGAGCGAGCGCCAUUUUCACCAAGGAAGACGGCCAGUCUUGGCACACUCAUCUCCCGGACGUUCAUGUGUCCUUCCCUGAGAUUUUUCUCCCUGUGCCUUUACCUCUAGGUGUACCACUUCAGCAAAAGGAGGACGUGUUUGAUCGUAUUUGGGACGCUGCAUCCUCAGGGGAACCCAGCGCUUCAGAGACGAGCCUGUUCUGUUUUAAGACCGGAAUCGACACUCUUUCAGAUCUGAUUAAGAAAAAUUUCCAAGGUUAUAUCAUUUCACAGGAACUGAACAAAUGGAAGGUUCUGUUUUUCCUUCCACCGCGUUUUCACGUUUUAUUGGCGAUCAGAGAGGGCGAGGACGCUGUUCAAAUGAGCAUCGCGACAGACAACUGGGAACUGCUGCCUCACGUCAACUCCUACUUACAAAACAUAACGGCACACUGCAGCUCCACAAGCUGAUGACUCGAGGCCACACGUCGAUACUGUGGGUGUGUUGAAUUUUAAUAAAAUAUGCAAAUUUUAUCAUGUUUAUCUUACCGUUACAAUCAUUUGCACUGAAUUAUAGUGUAAAAAAAUGAUGUACAGUCCAGAAUUAUGUCUACUAAAGUGAAUAAUCAAAACUUCUGUAAUAAAAUAGAAUUACACA